AUGGACAGGAUACAAGAUCAUAUCUAUGCCCUCCUCUCCUCCCUGCCCUGCUCACAAGGCAUUUCUUCUAUCAAGCUCAAUGGAAGGACAAUUCAGAUCGAGAAACUGCUAGGAGAGGGAGGAUUCAGCUUUGUAUACCUUGCUCGGGACAAGAGCAGCGGGAGAGAAUUCGCACUGAAGAAGAUCCGUUGCUCUCACGGCUCAGAGUCCUUCACACUGGCCAUGAAGGAAGUCGAGGCAAUGAGAAGAUUCCGCUCCCCCAACAUCAUUCGCAUCUUAGACAGCGCCGUCAUCCAAGAAAGCGAUCAUAGCUUUGGCUUUGGCAAUCUUCCAGAGGGACAGGGCGGGGGCUCUGAUGGUCGCACAGUGUACCUCUUUCUGCCGUACUACCCUCUGGGCAACAUCCAAGACGCCAUCAACCGUCAUGCUGUGAAUGGUACUCGGUACUCUGAGCGAGACAUGCUGCAACUCUUCCUUGGCACCUGUCGUGCUGUGGAGGCUAUGCACCGGUACCGCCUGCCAGACCAAUCCUCAGCUGGAUCGUCGCGGAGGGGUGGGCAACCCUCAAAGAAGAAGAUGAUGUCUUCCUCCAAUGGUCAAGAGGAUGAGCAGGACAAUGAGCCUCUCAUAGAAGGGGCUGCCACGAAUGGCAGCUCUGACCCUUUUGGUAUCGAAUCGGAUCCCGAGAGCGAUGGGGAUGAUGAAGAUGGCAGCGCUAGGUAUCCACCAAAGCCUUCGAAGGGCAAGGGUCGGGAGAUCGAGCAGCCUGCAUUCGGAGGCGAGGGUCUGGAAGGUGGCAAAGGCGGUGAGCUAGUGCCCUAUGCACAUCGUGAUAUCAAGCCUGGCAACAUCAUGGUAUCGCAAGGCUCUUCAGCAGAAGGAGACGCUCUGCAUGUCCCUAUCCUAAUGGACUUUGGCUCAGCAAUGAAGGCCCGCGUCGUCAUCGCCUCACGCAGAGAAGCCGUCGCAGAGCAAGACCUCGCCGCCGAGCACUCCACCCUCCCCUAUCGCGCCCCGGAACUCUUCGAUGUGAAGACCGAUUCUACACUGACGGAAGCCGUGGACAUCUGGUCCCUGGGAUGUACCCUUUACGCAAUGGCCUACCACUACUCGCCUUUCGAGACACCUAGCAUGCUAGAGCAAGGAGCCUCUACUGCUUUAGCCGUACUGAACAAUAAGUGGGAUUUCCCCAAGAAUGAUCAGAUUUACUCGGAGGGGUUCAAGGAAAUUGUUAGGAGGUGUCUGGUUGGCGAGCCUGACAAGAGGGCGUCGAUUGAGGAGGUCAUUGCGUUGACGGACAGGGCAUUGGAGAGGAUCGUGUAG